AUGGCGAUUCGUUCCCUUGCGCUCGCUACCUUUUGCCUCUUCUUGACCUUCCUUAGCUUUGUCGGUACCGUUGUUUCUUCGCAUCCCGCUAUCAUCAUAGAAGGGCGUGUGUAUUGCGAUACUUGUCGUGCCGGUUUUGAAACCACCGCAACCACAUACGUUGACGGCGCAAAAGUGAAGCUACAAUGCAAAAAUUUUACAAGUGGUGAAGUCACUUAUACAAGUGAAGCGGUGACCGAUAAGUCGGGAACUUAUCAUGUCUCGGUGGACAACGAUCAUCAAGAAGAAACAUGUGGAAUGCAACUAGUCGAGAGUUCUCAAAGUGAUUGUUCAGAGAUCAACGAUGGGAGGAACUACGCUCCUGUCGUAGUUACUCACAAUGUGGGAAUCGCUUCGAAUGUUCGAUAUGCCAAUUCUUUGGGGUUCUUGAAGGAUCAACCACUUUCCAAUUGCGGCCAAAUACUUGUGCAGUAUGCUCUGGGAACAGAUGAAUGA